CCUCCCCCCUCCACCUUUCAGGCGGGUUGCUCCCACGAUUGCCCAUUAUAAUGACAAUUGGGAGGCAGCCUGACCAUUUCCAAUCUUCCCCUUUGCCGCAACUCCCUUAAAAUCGAUGUGCCUACUCCAUCGACCAAACGGAAUGCAAAGACGAUACAGGGGAGAAAAAACCCCAAGUUCUAGCAAGGACGAUCGAGAUUCCAGCCAUGUGGAAGAGAUGCAUAGCUCCUCUGCUCAUGGCCCAGGAUGUCUCUUCGACCAAGACAGCGGUUCAUCUGUCUCAUCCUCACCACUGCGUCUAGAGAUCGACUUGACUCCCGGCCGCCAAUUGGGGUAUUCCAUGGCGAAAAUAGCCGCCGUAAUGUCUCCUGUACUUUGGACAGCUAUGGCCGUCACACAAACCAGAGAGCUGAGCUACAUGCUUGCUUGAGUGCUCUAUUUGAUGCCCUCGUUAUCCAAAGAGAGUGGGAGGUCGCAGUUGAUCGCCUUAGUGCAAUUGUGAUCAAGUCUGAUUCCGAGUACGUGGUGCGGGGCCUGACUGAAUGGCUCCCAAAGUGGAAGAAAAAUGGCUGGAAGAGUGCCAGGCCUCUCCAGUCGUUAAUUAUGCCUAUUUCCAGCAGAUUGAGCAGCUGAUCGGAAUCCUUGAACAGGAUAUCUGUGUCAAAUUUUGGGCUGUGCCCCGAGAACGGAACGUAAUGGCAGAUAGUCUAGCGAAAUCUGCUCUCUUGAGAAAGGCCGAGAAGCAAGAUAAGCGGAGAGAGGAUCAAUACAGGGAUUCGAAAAGGCUAAGCUCUUUCUGAGGUCUGGAGGGUUAUUGAUACUCGAAGGACAAGUGAC